CCUGACCUCCGGGCUCACGGACGACGACGUCAUCAAAGGGGGGCGGAGUUUGUGGCUCUCUGCCCCUUUUAAACAGCGCGCCCGCACCGUCCCAGUAGCGGUUGAGCUUUGAGGUCUGCAGUUCUGGUCAGGAAUGAUCUUCUGCGUCUGGAGAGUCCUGUCUGCAUUUGAAGCUGGAGAUACUUCUGCUUUAGUUGCAUCAGUUUAGAGACAAACAGAAGACCGCUCCACCUCAGCUCUCACUCCACCAUCUGCUGAACUCCCAAGAUGACCUGGACGACGAACAGCUGUUUGGUCACGCUGGCCGUGCUGCUGGUCUGGCGGGCGGAGGAGAUUGCAGAAGCGUGCAGCUGCUCCCCUGCGCAUCCUCAGCAGGCUUUCUGCAACUCGGAUGUCGUUAUCAGAGCAAAAUUGGUCGGACGGCAGGAGGUCGACGCUGGCAAUGACGUCUACGGAAACACCAUCAAACGGAUCAAGUAUGACAUUAAACAGAUUAAGAUGUUUAAAGGCCCCAGUCAUGACAUCGACGCCAUCUACACCGCUCCCUCCUCUGCAUUGUGCGGGGUGUCCAUGGACACCAACGGGAAGAAGGAGUAUCUGAUCACAGGGAAACUGGAGACUGAUGGGACGAUGCACGUCACCCUGUGUGACUUCAUUGAUGAGUGGGAGGCUUUGACUGCCACCCAAAAGAAGAACUUGAUCCAGCGCUACGAGUCGAGCUGUGACUGCAAGAUCACCCACUGCACUUCCAUUCCCUGCGUGCUCAGCAGCCCCACAGAAUGCCUGUGGACCGACUGGGUGAUCGAGAAGACGGUCAAGGGAGAACAAACCAAACACUAUGCUUGCAUCAAAAGGAACGAUGACUCCUGUGCCUGGUACAGGGGCAGCACACCGCCCAGAAAAGAAUUCCUGGACAUUGAAGAUCCUUAACUCUUUCUAUGUUUGAAAUCUGAGGAUGUAUGCAGUUCAGUUACAACUUUUCAAACAAAUAUAAAAAAGAUGGAUGCUGUUUUUUUUUUUUGUUUUGUUUUUGGGAGAAAUUCUCCAAUGCAGAGAAAAUUUGAUGACUGUGUUUCUUAUGUUUCUAAUAAUCUAUGUAUUCAUCAUUUGCCACCCAUGUACCAUAGGAAACACCUGCCCAGCUGAAAUAAAUUAUUAUUAUUUCCCCUUAAUUCAAGUGCAUUUCAUCAACUUCAGUUAAAAAAUGUGUUUUCUGAAAAGCAAUUUUAAGAUACAAGCUACGAUUGCUCAGAUUUUGUAAAUUCUUCCAUUAAAAAUGUUUCCAGUUUGGUCAUCUUUGAUAAAUAAAAAUGCACUUUGAUAGCAAAUGUCAUUUUUAAUAAUAAAAAUGCUAAAAACGAAACCCCUCAACUCUUUUUCUGUUUCAAGAUAUUUCUAAUUAUUUUAAAGUGCCAUUAUUUAAUUUUUUAUUAGUCUAACAGUGUUGGAAAAAUAUAUAUACAUUUGAUAACUGGAAGUCUUGUCUGUUAAUAUAGUGACAAAAGUUGUAAGCAAUAAUUGUUCUUGCAGAGACACUGAAAUUAUUGUCAUGCAAAUAUUCUGUGAGGAAAAAAAAUAUAUUUUAGGAUGGUGUGUUGUUCUCAUGUAGAACUUAUAAUACUUUUUUUUGCAUGCAUCUGGAAGAUUUUUGUACAUUUUACAAAUAAAUGCGAAACUCUG